GAUGUGUGACUCUUAAACACAAGUAUUGAGACACACAAAGACAGAGAGAAAGAGAAUGGAUUUGAGUGAAUUGAGAAAAACGAUUGAGGAGGUGGAACUUGUGGAUGGUCAUGCUCACAACUUAGUUGCAGUUGAUUCAAACUUUGGUUUUAUACAUGCCUUUUCACUAGCUCAUGGUGAUGCUGUUGCUUCAACACAACACUCUCUUUCAUUCAAGAGAAAUCUAAGAGAUGUAGCUGAAUUGUAUGGAUGUGAGUCAACUUUGGAAAGUGUUGAAGAAUACAGAAGAAUCUCUGGAUUAGAAUCCAUUAGCUCAACAUGCUUCAAAGCUGCAAGAAUCUCUACAGUAAUCUUUGAUGAUGGAAUAGAAUUAGACAAAAAACUUGAUACUGAAUGGCAUAACACUUUUAUUCCUCAUAUCCAUAGACUCGUUAGAGUCGAACGCCUUGCAGAAAAAAUCCUUAACGAAGGUUUGCCAGAUGGAUCUUUAUGGACACUAGAUUCAUUCACUAGUGCAUUUCUCUCCAAGUUGGAAUCAGUUGCUGGUGAGAUAGUUGGUUUGAAAAGCAUAGCAGCAUACUACUUUGGCCUAGAAAUCAAUACAAAUGUGACUAAAAAGGAAGCUGAGGAGGGUCUCCAGCAGGUUUUAGCUGUUUGGAAGCCUGUCUUGGUAGCAAACAAAAACUUGAUUGAUUACAUCUUCUUGCUAAGUUUGGAAUUUGCUCAGUCCCAUGAUUUGCCUAUGCAGAUACACACAGGCUUUGGGGAUAGAGGUUUGAAUCUAAGAAUGUCAAAUCCUCUUUAUCUCCACAAUGUUCUUGAGGACAAGAAAUUUGCAAAGUGCAGGAUUGUUCUGUUACAUACAUCAUAUCCAUUCUCAAAGGAAGCAUCAUAUCUAGCUUCUCUUUACUCCCAAGUUUACCUUGAUUUUGGUUUGGCUAUUCCAAAGCUUAGUGUACAUGGAAUGAUUUCUUCAGUGAAAGAUCUUUUAGAGCAAGCUCCAUUAAAUAAGGUGAUGUUCAGUACUGAUGCCUAUGCAUUUCCUGAACUCUUCUACUUAGGUGCUAAGAAGGCUCGCGAAGUUGUUUUUGUUGUUCUGCGUGAUUCAUGCAUCGAUGGUGAGCUCACUGUUCCGGAGGCUGUGGAAGUUGCAAAAGACCUCUUUGCACGAAAUUCAAUCAACUUCUAUAAGAUUACCAACUAACUAACUGUGUUGUUAGUUCAAAUUAUUAUAAUUGUUAAGAUUUCAUAUUAGGUGGUAAUUUCUUUGUCAAAUGUUGGUUUUUACUUUAGUAUUCCAGUUUGUUAUCAGUUAUAUAGUUCUGCUCAAAUGUUGAUUUUCAGUUUCAGUUACUAUAUAAGCCAAUGUUAGUUUUUCAAUCAUAAGUUUCUCCUAUUUCUUCUAAUACUACUAAUUUAUCUUGGAAUACAAAAGUCAAAGUUGGACACAUUUAUAUA